AUGCUUGAGCGCCCGCUACGCAGUCUCCACCGCCGUCUGCUCGCCGGAACGCGCCGCCGCGCUCCACCGCCGCCUGCUCGCCCCCGUGCGCCCGCCUGCUCGCCGGAACACGCCGCCGCGCUCGCCCCGCCUCCACCACCGCUUGCUCGGCCGCGCGCUCCGCGCGCCCGCCUGCUCGCUCCACCGCCGCCCGGUCGCCGCCUGCUCGGCUGUGCGCCCGCCUGCUCGGCCGGCGCCCGCCUGCUCGCUCCACCGCCGCCCGCUCGCCGCGCGCCCGCCUGCUCGGCCGGCGCUCGCUCGCUCCACCGCCGCCUGCUCGUCCGCCGACGUGCCCGUCUGCUCGGCCGCCUCCCCGCCGCCGGGUGCUCAGCCACCCCACAUCCCGUCGUCUCCGUUCCGCCCCGCCCGCUACUCGCCCGGCCCGGCUCCGCCAGUCACCGUCCUCGCUUCAGGAUGUCUAAAAAGGUCAAGCAGCUCGCUAAGGGACUAGCGAGGAGAGCCUCCAUUUUUGGGAGAAAGGAGGACUUAGUGUUCCAAGGCACUAGUUCAAGCUCGAGCAGGCGUAGAGCUUUGUUGGAGCAUGUUCCAGAGUUGCAGGGUCAGGCAGUCGGCAUACAGAGGAAUGAGGAUGAGCCUGAAGAUGAGGAAGAGACAGAGGAGUGGAGACAAGUGGAAGAUGAGGAAGAGACAGGGUGGGGUGAAUGGCCCAAUGAUGGAGGGUCGGGAGUUGGGGGAGCUAGUGGGUCAAGGGAAGGAGAAGCUGGUGUUUCAGGAGGAGGUUCUGGAAGCGGGGGAGUUGGAGGGUCUACACGGGUCCGGAAGCCGCGGAAGACUAGUUGGGUCCCCCCUCCUAAAGAACCAGUUAACAAGGUUGAGAUAAUCCCGAGUGGAGAUGGGGCUUGGAUUGGUGAUUGAGAAUGGUAUUGAGGUCCCUGUCACAAGAUGGGGUCAAUACGGCCUUGCGGUUAACGCGCAACAUGGGAAUGCGCAAGGUGCAGUUUGGCACAACUUCUGGAAAUAUUAUAAGUUGCCUGAUGGAGAUACUCAUACCGAGCAUGCACACUCCGUGUUCCAUAAGAACGCGGCAGAUGUUGUUGCGGAUAUGAUGUACUAUGUUCGAAUCUAGGUGAUUAAUCAAGCUAUGUUGAGUAGUGAAGGACGACGUGCAACCAGUAAGAGCGAGGCGUCACAAUAUGGACUUUCUAUGACUGAGCAAGAUUUUCUUCAGCAUUCGAUUCCAUGGAUAGCCGCCAAUGAUGCUGCUUGGCGUGCCUUAUGCCGUUAUUGGGCUUCGGAUAAUUUCAAGGCAAAGUCUA